CCAACUUUGUUCUCUUCCUCUGAUCCUCCAUUCAAGGACCUUCACACCCUUCUUAAAUUCUAGGGCCCUGGGCUGGUUCUGGCUGGGAUAGAGUUCAUUUCCUUCACAGCAACUGGUAUGGGCUACGUUUUGGAUUUGUGCUGGAACAGUGUUGAGAACAGGGAUUGCUGAGAAGAGAUUAAACAGAGAAGGAGUCCUCAGUUUGUCAUCCCACCCCACCCUUGAAUUCCCUUGUAGAGAAGCAGUCUGUGAGCUGCACAGAGCCCACAGUGCUCAGGACACAGCAGGGCAAAGUGUUUUGUGUGUGAGCGUAUGAAGCUUCAGGAACUUAAGACACUUCAAUGCCAGAACCACUUCCCAGCACAGGUGACUUCAGAGCAGCCAUAAACUUAUAUUUCCUCAUGUUACUGACAUAGAACCCUGUGCCAUCAAAAGAUUAAGCAGAAAUAGACUUUUCAUCAGAAGUUUAUGCAUGAGUGGAAGAGUCAAGAACUUCCUCCUGAACUUUAGAAAGGGGUGGGAUCUCUGAGUUGUACCCAGCCUAGAGGACUGGGUACCUCAGCCUCAGAACAGCUGAGGGAGGGAAAAAGGAGAAGCAGGAACAAGAAUGGCAGAAUAUGUCCUCUAUGCUGACUUGAACUUGCCUCAAUCAACCAGACCCAGAAUCCCGACGGUACCUGAUGUCCAAGACUCAGAUUGUACCUACGCAGAAGUUAAAGUGAAAUCCCAAGACACAAACGCUGCAGCAGACUGCAAAUCAUCUGGUAAAAGCUGUUGUUCCAGAAAACAUGCUGCUAUAUUGGUGGUGAUAAUCCUCAUACUGGUCCUGGCAGUAUAUUUAAUAAUCACAUAUGGUCCAACUGCAGGCAGCCAAAACAGCUCAACAACUUUGUCCCACAUCCGCGAAGAGGAAUUAGGGUGCCCUCCACUAUGGAGAAAACAUGGGAGAAAAUGCUACUUCUUUUCUCCAGAGAAGAAAAUGAAGGACUGGGAAGCCUCCCGUGGAGAAUGCACUACCAUGGAGUCAGACCUGGUGGUCAUUGACAGCAGGGAAGAGAUGAGUUACCUUCUCUCAGUAUCAAAAUAUGACUACUACUUACUUGGUCUCAAAUACUUUGAAAAGAAAAAGGAGUGGAAGUGGAUCAACAACAUGAAACAUGACCCAACCAUGUUCAAUAUAACCAGAGCUUAUAGUGACUAUGACUGCACAGCCAUUGGAUUUGGUGAAGUAGGAACUGCACCUUGUGGUGGAUCCCAAACAACACAAAAUAUGUGUGAAAAAGAUGUGACAAUUUUAAAAAGGUAUCAGAAAGAGAGCUAAAAAUAAGAGGUCCAGGCUAUGUUAUCCCCAGCUUCCUGUAGGAAACAUGGAUGGGAUGUGUCUCAUUUCUCUUUAGCUGCUCAAUCUCUUCUCCCAGGGAGUCCUGCAGCCUCCCUUGAGACUCGUGGCUGAGCUCAGCCCACCCUUUUUUCUUUGAUGGAGUCUGAGCUUGGAUGGAUCCCCUCUGGAAGAGCUGGCACUGGAGCACAGGAGGAGUCUGGGACUGUCUCGUGCUGGAGGUGGCACUUCCAGGCAGACACUGCCAGAGGAAAGGAGUCCAGGCUGGGGGCAGAGGUGAUCCCAAACAGAUCUCGACUCUGCAAGUCACAUCAAUCCACAGCCCUGCCUGGGCACAAGGAGACCCUUCCCCACCUGGCCACAGCCUGGUCUUGCCUCCAGCCACAAGCGAAGGGCAGCACAGAUUUUUGGCUGGGAUCCGACAGGGAAGGGCAACCCCUCUCCUUGCCAGGUCCCAUGGCCAGGAUGGACAGAAUAAAGUCAGGUGUGAGUGUGGAUAAACCUUUCCUUGUCCCAGACUGUCUGUUCCAUGGCAUCCCAGAGCCUGUGAGGCAAAUGGGAAUCAGCACAAGGGAAAGGAUCCUACAGCAGCACAGCUCUGGGCAUAAAAUCAGCCCCAUUCCUGUGUAAGGAAGGGAAGGAGUGUCAGAUUUAAGAUCUGCUGAGGAAGGGCACAGGAAGGAGGCCAGCAGAGACCAACAAGGCCUGAAGAACAGGGUCCCAACAGAGGCUGAACAGGGCAAAAAACAGAACAAUGAAACCCACAGUGACCUGUGAAGGAGGUGGUGAGAAGUAUGAGAGUGACCUGCAGGGAGUGGCAACACCAUGCUCUGCCCUCUUUUCCUUGGAGAUUGAUCACAGGUGGAAAUGAUGCCUGAGGGCUUUUCCUGCUCAGGAAAGUUCAAGCCAACACAGAAACGGGUGGCACCAGGAAAACAGAGCUGUGAUGAGUAAACAGGGAAUGCCACCAGAGCUCUGCCCAUGUGCUUCAGUGGCUCUUGGGACCCUGUCUGACUCCAAUAAUUAUCCUUCCUACUGUGUCCUUUCAGGCAAUAUCAUUCCUCCUUUAUCGGUGCCUUUCAUGGCUCUCUCCUUCAGCUGCAGGAUGGAGAAAGCUCUGUGAAGUCCUUGAGGAAGUAACACUUAUGGCCUGGUUUGUCACUGAGAAAAAAAUUGCUCAAUCAAAAAAUCUGUACACAACAUGUUGUGGCCAUUGGAAGGGAAAAUUGAAUCCUGCAGGUAAAACUGUCUCUUUCUAAAUUGAAAGCACAUUUUGACAUCCCUCACACCAGCUGUACUCACUAACUGCUCUCAUCAAGAUGCUUUGGAAACAUUUGCAGUUCUUUACCUGACUUUCAAUCCACAAAGAACAGUUAGAACAGAGCUGUAGCAGAACAAUCUCAGUCUCAGGACCCAGGAUCUGCACUGUUAUUCCAAAGGGAAGCUGAGCUGGAGGAGCUCUUUGCUUGCACUCACUUUACUGGAGAGGGCGGGAGAGCAUUCUACAUUGUGUUAUAGAUUUCUGCCCUUCUAUUUUCAUAUUCCAGCUGCUGGAAUGUACCCCCUUGGAUCAAGUGGGCUCUCCUGAAGGGCCAGGGAAAAACCUCUUCCCUG